AUCCUGGAUGUGCUCACCACACGGCUCCUCGGACAUCCUGAAGGAUAACAGCUUGGAGGCUACCAUUUCGGCUCCUUACCUGCACUCAGUAUGACUACAGUCGACGUCCCAGAACACGAGAUCGUAAUUGCCACAACGGAGGAAGAAAUCCAACAGUGUUAUCAGGUCCGCAUCGACGUCUUUCACCACGAACAACAUUUCCCACUCGACGUAGAAAUUGACCAUUAUGAUUCUGAUCCCUCUGUCAAGCACUUUCUCCUCCGCCUGACGCACUCCCUCGCUUCGAUUGGGGUUAUUCGCGGCACAAAGUUUCUCAAGGACAAUGACAAGUACUACACCUACAAACUCAGCCGUCUUGCCGUUCUGAAACCAUACCGCCAAUACAAGCUAGGCAGCGAGCUCGUGCAUGCCUUACACGACUGGGUAAGAACCGACGCCAAAGCUGCUGCUGUUGCUGCAAUAGACCAUCAAGGUCAAGGUCAAGGAACAUCACCGCCACCGCUUUAUGUCAGAGUCAUUGCCCAUUCUCAAAUUCCUGUUAAAGGGUUUUACGAAAAGUAAUCAUUCUUGUCUUCGCACUCCACACACUUCUUCGACUAACUUCUCCCGUGCCCGUUGCCCCCUCCCAGGUUUGGUUACAUUUCCGAGGGCCCCGAAUUCGAUGAAGACGGUGAUCCACAUCAAUUAAUG